AUGCGGGCCUCACCAGCCCUGCUGCGAGCUCGAGCACCGUACCUGGUCAAGAACACCAUCACUGGGUUUGCUAUCGCCACCCUCGUGGUUGGUAUCUACACAUAUACCAUCAAAGCCAUUUCUCAGGACGAGUUCGAGGACGUUCUCCCACCCGACCUGCCGCCGGUCCAGCAGUCUGUGCAGCAACCUGUGGGCACCCUGCAAGCCGUUCAGCAAGCCAACGAGGCACGGAAGUAA